AUGGCAGAAAGCGCUUUAAACGUUAUAUACACCUUAAGAAAUAAAACAGCUGAGAUUCUGAGUAGACCAAACAAUCGCGAAUUAGAGAGAGAUUUCAGAACAGCGUGCUCAGCAAUUCAGAACAAUUCUAGCCUUCACGAUCCACUAGUAAUGCAAGCUUACCAAGAUUAUCUUAAUGCUUAUCAACAAAAAACAUCUCUUUAUAAUAUUGCAAGUGAUUAUAAAGAAGAUAAAACUUAUUUAUAUAUUUAUAACACUGAAAUUAAAACCGUAGAAGUCAAAAACUUACAGAGAAAACUGCGACUAGACCAAUGCGUCGGCAUAACUCAACUUCCAAAUGGCAAACUAUUUUAUUCUGGCUCUGGAAUUACAAUCCUAAUUGGUGUGAAUGGCGGAGUCAAAGUGCUGCCACCUGGACCUUUUAGCGAAGAUCCCACAUGUAUCUAUUUUAACUACAGCGUCUAUUGCUUUGGGAUCUAUAGCUUUGGAAAAUUUACUAAAAGUGGUUUACCUCUAUCUUAUAGAUUCGAUUUGGAUCAAAAUCGCUGAAUUAAAUUAUCCCCAACGCCAAAAGAUGGUAGCACGUGAAAUAGCAUAAUAUUUAAUGGGAGUAUUUUGAUUUCUGGAUGUCAAAAUAGAAAUCUUUUCUUAUAUUCAAUUGAUAUUGACUCUUUCUCGACAAUUCCUUAUGAGUUCACAGAGUAUAGUAGAAAGAUCCUGAUAAAUGCAGAGAGACUAUAUUUGAUUGAAAGCCCUGGAUGAAUCUAUGAAAGCGAAAUUGGAAGUUACUUAAAUUGAAGACGAAUUAGGAAAUCGAUAAUCAAAAGCAAGUUUACUCAAGUGUAUUGUGUAUAUAAUAAAGGAGGAAUAUACAUCUCAACUAUUGAUCGAUCAGCUAGAGAAUAUUAUUAUUUUGAUUUAGAUCAAAAACACCUUAUUGAUUUAGCUUAUUAUAGUAAAAAUUUCUGACUUAGUAGAGUUGGUAAAAAGAUUAAAGCAAUAAAUGAAAUAGCCAGACUUUUAAGCUUGAUCCUUAUUAUCUGGAUGAAUGAAGUCUAA